AUGAUCUUCGAUCCAGCCCCGAUCGAGCUUCCAGCCUCCUACGAGACGGUCCCAACAACAGGCCAUAUCAAAGUCUCGCAUCAUCCCGCUGGUGCACCGUCGGUCACACCAGUCAUCAUUGUGACGCUGAAUCGGCCUGCCAACAACAAUGCCUUCACCUCCCAAAUGGUCCAAGAUGUCGAAUCGCUCUUCCCUCUAUUCGAUAGCGACGAUCGUGUGAAGGUUGUGGUCUUGACUGGCGCAGGCAAGAUCUUCUGCGCCGGUGCAGACUUGGAUAUCGGGUUCAGUGGCAACCGAGAAAGGCCAGCCGAUCACCGUGAUGGCGGCGGACGCGUUGCACUGGCUAUCCACCGCUGCCGCAAGCCAACCAUCGCAGCGAUGCAGGGCUCUGCCGUUGGGGUCGGGAUGACAAUGACUCUGCCGGCGAUCAUUCGCAUCGCCUAUGAGAAGGGCAAGUACGGCUUUGUUUUCGGCCGGCGUGGCAUCGUCAUGGAAUCGUGCUCAUCCUAUUUCCUGCCACGCCUGGUCGGCUUUUCCAAUGCGAGCUAUCUCGUGAGCACGGGGGGCGUUUUCCCACCCACGUCCAAGCAUUUCGGCGAUCUGUUCAACGAGACCCAGCCGGACCCGUCAAAGGUUCUACCCAGGGCUCUCGAGCUGGCCACCGAGAUUGCGGAAAACGUCAGCCCAACUUCACAGUACCUCAACCGUGCAUUGUUGUGGCGCAAUCCGGGGACCGCAGAGGAGGCACAUCUGGUGGAAUCGGCAGUCAUCUGCCACACUUUCGGCUCAGAGGAUCAGAAGGAGGGCGUGAAGGCAUUCUUCGAAAAGCGCAAACCUGCCUUCCGGGCCAAUCUGGACGAUAACCCGCCAGUGAACGUGCCGUGGUGGACCGAGGUGGACACAGGCCGAAAUCCAAAGGCAAAGACCCCGUCGAAGCUGUAG